AUGAAGUUCCUUUGGACCGUCACAAGCUGUGCGUGGGCUGUGCACGCCGGAGCUUUGAGAGCUUGUGGGACAUGUUGUACCCGGCUACAGCGAGAACUCGGCAGCAAAGUCAGUUCGCCCGGCCAGCCUGCCUACAAUGCCACUGAGGACUCGUACUGGUCCCUGCAAGAAGCGGGACUCAGGCCGGGGUGCAUCUUGCGUCCCUCAACGGCGCAAGAUGUGGCCAGGGCCGUUUCGAUCAUCGGCACAGUUGACGGCUGCAACUUCGCCAUCAAAGGCCAGGGCCAUGCCCCCGCCGCCGGGUUUGCAAACAUCGACGGCGGCGUGACGAUCGACAUGACUGGCUUGAACUCUACAGUCCUGAAUGCAGACCAGUCAGUUGUCAGUGUCGGAGCUGGUGCGUCCUGGCUGCGGGUCUACCAGUAUCUGGACCCGUUCAAUGUCUCGGUCGCCGGAGGCCGCAACGGGCUAGUUGGAGUCGGAGGCUUGACUGUGGGCGGUGGGAUUUCGCAUUUCUCUCCCCGCGUCGGAUGGGCCUGCGAUAACGUGGUCAACUUUGAGCGCGGUGCCGUUUUCCAGGCGUUCACCGACAUUGUGUCAUCUCCGGACUUCGAUAUCUACACCUCCCUCGUGGCCGGGUUCCUCUACAACUCGACCUCGAAAACGUGGCUCAUCAGUAACUCCGCCGUGUACACCCGCCCAGUACUUGAUCCGCCCGUGUUUGCCGAGCUCGCCGCCGUGCCUAGCAUUUCAAACAGCUCUCAACUAACUUCAUUGGCGGCUCUCGCAGACGAAGCUGCCACGCCACCCUUGAACUGGCUGUUCGCCACAGCCACUUUCAAGCCCUCGGUCGAGUUCAUGCAGGAAAUCUUCGACAUUCUCAACAGCACCUUCUAUUCCUUCAACCCAGAAGGCGGCGUGGUAUGGGACAUUGCCUUCGAGCCACUUCCGUCGGUGAUGCUAUCCUACGCCGCCAAAACCGGGGGCAACAUCCUCGGCGUGCAGCCCGAAGACGGCAAUAGCUACAUCAUGCUCCUGUCGGCGCUCUGGCCAAACUCUGCGUCAAACGCAGCAGUGGAGAAAGUCUCGCGCCAGGCUCUGGCCGCGAUCGAAGCGCGAGCCAAAGCAGAGGGGCUGCUGCGAGGGUUCCAGUAUCUCAACUACGCGGCCCCGUAUCAGACACCGCUUGCUUCUUACGGCGCAGAGAAUCUCGAGUUCCUCAGGGAGGUGAGAAGAAAAUAUGAUCCGCUCCAGGUGUUCCAGAAGCGUGUCCCGGGCGGGUUUAAGCUUUAG